AUGAAUUGUCUUUCUUUAAAUAUUCGUGGGAUUGGGGGUCGUGGUAAAUCGGGUAAGAUUAAGCACCUUAAAAACGUUCAUGGGAUUUCUUUUAUCGGAUUGCAAGAGACGAUGGUUAGUAAUAUUUCCCCUGGUUUGGUUUCAAAUUUUUGGGGAGGUAUGGGUUUUGAGUAUGAUUUUGUUAAUGCUUAUGGUAACUCGGGUGGUUUAAUGUGUUUGUGGGAUCCAAAAGUUUUUUCUAAAGAAUUGGUGAAUAAAGAUCGGAAUUUUCUCCACGUGGCGGGGUGGUGGAUUGUGUUCGGCGAUUUUAACGCGGUUAGAGAUAGGGAUGAAAGGAAAAAUUCGGCGUUUGACCCGGUAUGUGCUCGUGAUUUUAAUAACUUUAUUGAUGAAGCCGGGUUGCGUGAAUAUGACUUGAAAGGGUUAAAGUUCACGUGUAUGACUAAUAGAAAAAGUGUGUGUAAGUUUAGUAGAAUCGACAGGGUGUUGGUUUGUGAUAAUGUUUUUAUCAAAUGGCCUAAUGCGUGCGUUCGGGCCAUUAACAGAGAUUGUUCGGACCAUUCUCCAUUGGUAUUUUCUGUCAAAGACUCGAAUUUUGGGCCCGAACCGUUUAGGUUAUUUGACUCUUGGUUGGAUAGACCAGGGUGUUUACAGGUUAUUGAAACUGUUAUGGGAGGAUGGAGGAACGAAGGAAAGGCGGAUCUUAACCUGCUCACUAAAUUAAAAAGACUUAGAGGGUGUUUAAGGGACUGGUUCAAAGUUUAUAGUGCCAACGAAAUUGAGGAGGAGACUCGGUUGAGAAAAGAGAAAGAUGACAUUGAAAUUCAAAUGGAGAAUAAUGAUUUGGAAGAUGCGGACAUGUGGAUUUGGACCGAAUGUAAAAAAGCUCUAGAAGAAAUUGAGAUUUUGAAGGCUCGUGAUAUCAAACAAAAAUCUCGCGUCAAAUGGGCCGCCUUGGGUGACGAAAAUUCUAAUUUUUUCAUAACAUGGUAA